ACAGAUACACGUAUACACACACAUAUAUCCAAACACAUAUAUAAUAGCAUCGACAUCAUAUCCUCACAAGAAAAUCUCGAUUACCCCAUCCCCAUAUAUACAUACAGACGUGUGUAUAUAUAUACAUGGCUGAUCAUCCACGCGGACACGACACCUCCGAGAGUCGGCGGAAGUCGGCGGCGGCGGCCGGAAAACGCAGCACCGCCGCAUCAUCAGAGCCUCCCCCGCCUUCGUGCGGCGGAGCCCCGGCGUCGCCGUGCGGGGCGUGCAAGUUCCUGCGGAGGAAGUGCGUGAGCGGUUGUAUAUUCGCGCCGCAUUUCGGCUCGGACCAGGGCGCGGCAAGGUUCGCGGCGGUUCACAAGGUCUUUGGGGCGAGCAACGUGUCGAAGCUCCUCCACCAUAUUCCGGCGAACCGCCGCCACGACGCGGUGGUUACGAUCUCUUACGAGGCUCAGGCCAGGCUCUCCGACCCCGUCUACGGUUGCGUCUCCACCAUUCUUGCUCUCCAACAACAGGUAGCUUCGUUGCAGGCGGAGAUGGCGGUGGUGCAGACACAGCUGAUAAACAGUAGAGUCGCCAUGGCUGACGUAAUGCAGCAACAGAGCCACCACCACCACCACCACAUGGUCAUGCAACAACCGGAGUACUCCAACAACUCCUCCGCCUCCACCACUCUUGCCGGAGCCACUGUGACCAGCUUCACGGUGGCCGCCGCUGGCUUUGACGUCGUGGGUUCGGCGGAUGAGAUUGUUGGGACGGUGGGAGGGCCGCCGCGUAGCUUCGAACACUCCCUGCAACCGCAACCCCUGCCACCGGGGAGACAGGGUGGGAUGGAGGAGGAGGAAGAGGAAGAGAGCGACGGGGAUUUUCAAGCGGCGGAGGGUAUAUUUCCCGGCGAGAUUUUUCACCGGAGAUGAGCAUGCUCUGUCUGAGGAUAUGUCUUUACUUUUAGAAACUAAGGAAUAAAAACACAGUAAACAGACCUCUCUUUAACGUUGGAGAAUAUAUUACAUGAGAUGUUUAAUAAUAGAGAUAUAAAUAGUUUUCCA